UUACAUUAUUUUAGCUAAGAAGGGCGGACUAACAAGUGAAACAUGAUUGGACGGGGUGGGUUGGCUGCUAAACUACUGGAGAAUGAGCUGAAGCUACCGCCAAUGCCUUCUGGCUUUGGGAGGGGAGCAGGAGUAGGAAGAGCUGCAAUGUCUCGUAGUUUAGCAAUGAACGGACCUCCAGGACACUUCAUUAGACAACCCAACAAGUGCUCUAUACCUGGUCAUGGUGGGACUGCUGCUGAGGGCGGGGCGGCGAUGGGACCCCCUCUUCUAGUGAGUACUGGUGGGACUGCAGAGAUUACAACUACUCUUAACAAGUUGACAGUGAGUGACGAUACUGAGUUGCCCAGUAGACCCGGUUACGCAGAGGACGGAGUCAGCAUUCCAAUCAUCACCAACUUUAUAAAAGUGAAGUUUACUGACACAGACGUCUUCCAAUAUCACAUUACAUACGACCCUCCUGUAGACAGCAAGUUCCUCAGACACAAGCUUCUAGAGCCGAGACUAGCUGAUAACAGAGCCUGGAGAUUUGACGGUGCUAUUCUCUACUCCUCUGAACAGCUACCCUCUCAAGGCUACUUCACGAGCCUCAAAGAAAACACUGGAGAGGACAUUACCAUGAGGUACACGUUAACGAAGACUAUAAGUAUAGAGAAGUGUAUACCUCUACUGAACAUAAUAUUCCGCACUGUUCUCUCUAAACUCAGAUACACCAGAAUGGGCAGGAACCUCUACGAUCCGGCCAGAUCUGUUCACAUUCCCAAACACAAGCUCGAGCUCUGGCCAGGGUAUGUGACCUCAGUGUCCCAACUAGACGGCGGAUUCAUGCUGCAAACUAACGUGUCCCACAAGAUGCUGAGAACUGAUACUGUAAUGGAUAUGUUACUGGAGAUACACAAGACUCAGCCUCACAAUCUGCAGUCACGUGCUGUCAAGGAAAUAGUGGGUCACGUGAUAAUGACGAGAUAUAACAACCAGACGUAUCGUGUAGACGAUAUCGUGUGGGACGAAACUCCCCGCUCCUGUUUUGAGGACAGAAGAGGAAACAAAAUAUCUUACAUAGAGUAUUACAGGGAUCAGUAUAGUAUUGUUAUAAAGGACUGCUCUCAACCUCUCCUUCUUCACAGAAUGAAGCCCAAGAGAGGACAGAACCAACAAGAAGAGAGACUGAUUUAUUUGAUCCCUGAACUUUGUGCUAUGACAGGUCUAUCCCAGUCUACUAUGGACGACUUUAUGGUUCGUAAAGAUAUUGUAGCUCACACCAGACUAGAUCCCCGAGAUAGAAUCAAGGCUAUUAAAGGCUUCAUUUGUAACGUGAAGGAGUCACCUGAGGCCACUGAAGAGCUCAGACGCUGGAACCUCCAUAUCGACGAUGAAACAUUGCACGUGCAAGGAAGAGUGCUGGAGUCUGAGCAGAUAAUAUUCGGGGGAGGAGGAAACACACACACAGUCGGAGAGAGAGCUGAUUUCUCUCAAGCUACCACAGUCAACGCUCCACUCACACCUGUUAACCUCGACAACUGGUUACUAGUAUGUACGCAGCGGGAUCAGAAUAAGGGGCGUGAUCUGGUAACGGUAAUGAAGGAAGGAGCAAGGAAACUGGGUAUGAGAGUAGCGGCCCCUGUAGUACUGCCGCUCAGAGACGAUAGGACGGAGAGCUUUAUAAGAGCGAUAACUAGUAACCACUCUAAUGACGUACAGCUGGUGGUUACCAUAGUUCCCUCUGAUAGAGACGACCGCUAUAACGCUAUAAAGCAGCUGUGUUACAUUGACAUAGCUAUAGCUUCGCAAGUAAUCAGGACUAGGACACUGUCCCAGCCCCAGAAGCUGAGAAAUGUAGUUCAGAAGAUAAUGCUGCAGAUAAACGCUAAGUUAGGGGGGGAGUUGUGGGCGUGUAAUAUCCCUCUGGGUAAUGCUAUGAUAGUGGGUAUAGACACUUACCACGAUCCAACUAGCCGGGCAGGCUCCUCCUUUACUGGAUUUGUAGCCUCAAUGAACAAGAUCACUACUCAGUACUUCUCUACAUCUAGAGAGGAAGAGAGAGGACAGGAGUUCUCCUCCUCUCUACAGAACAUGAUGACAGCUGCUUUGCAAAAGUACCUUGAGAAGAACGCUAAGUUACCGGAGCGUAUCAUAGUGUUUAGAGACGGAGUAUCGGAGGGACAGUUCUCUGUGGUUAAGCAGUACGAAGUAGCACAGUUUGAAGCAGCGUUCUCUCAUCUAGAGGGGGGUUACAAGCCCCAGCUGGUAGUAGUUGUAGUGCAGAAGAGAAUUAGAACUAGAAUGUUCUACAGUGAGGGGGAAGGUAACAGAGGCAAGGUAAUGAACGCUCCCCCUGGUACAGUGCUAGAUCACACAGUAACAAGUGAUACUCUCUACGACUUCUACCUGGUAUCUCAACAUGUGGGUAAAGGAACAGUCACCCCAUCACAUUACGUAGUAGUACACAACACAAGUAAUCUCAAACCUGACCACAUUCAGAAACUCAGUUACAAGUUAACCCACAUGUACUGGAACUGGCCGGGUACUGUGAGGGUACCUUCAGUCUGCCUUUACGCUCACAAGAUAGCUUAUAUGCACGGGCAACAUCUCCACCGUCCUGCUGCUCCUGCUCUGUCAGAUAGACUCUUCUAUCUCUAGUUACCAUGACAACAUCUCCACCGUCCUGCUGCUCCUGCUAUGUCAGAUAGACUCUUCUAUCUCUAGUUACCAUGACAACAUCUCCACCGUCCUGCUGCUCCUGCUCUGUCAGAUAGACUCUUCUAUCUCUAGUUACCAUGACAACAUCUCCACCGUCCUGCUGCUCCUGCUAUGUCAGAUAGACUCUUCUAUCUCUAGUUACCAUGACAACAUCUCCACCGUCCUGCUGCUCCUGCUCUGUCAGAUAGACUCUUCUAUCUCUAGUUACCAUGACAACAUCUCCACCGUCCUGCUGCUCCUGCUAUGUCAGAUAGACUCUUCUAUCUCUAGUUACCAUGACAACAUCUCCACCGUCCUGCUGCUCCUGCUAUGUCAGAUAGACUCUUCUAUCUCUAGUUACCAUGACAACAUCUCCACCGUCCUGCUGCUCCUGCUAUGUCAGAUAGACUCUUCUAUCUCUAGUUACCAUGACAACAUCUCCACCGUCCUGCUGCUCCUGCUCUGUCAGAUAGACUCUUCUAUCUCUAGUUACCAUGACAACAUCUCCACCGUCCUGCUGCUCCUGCUAUGUCAGAUAGACUCUUCUAUCUCUAGUUACCAUGACAACAUCUCCACCGUCCUGCUGCUCCUGCUCUGUCAGAUAGACUCUUCUAUCUCUAGUUACCAUGACAACAUCUCCACCGUCCUGCUGCUCCUGCUAUGUCAGAUAGACUCUUCUAUCUCUAGUUACCAUGACAACAUCUCCACCGUCCUGCUGCUCCUGCUCUGUCAGAUAGACUCUUCUAUCUCUAGUUACCAUGACAACAUCUCCACCGUCCUGCUGCUCCUGCUAUGUCAGAUAGACUCUUCUAUCUCUAGUUACCAUGACAACAUCUCCACCGUCCUGCUGCUCCUGCUCUGUCAGAUAGACUCUUCUAUCUCUAGUUACCAUGACAACAUCUCCACCGUCCCUGCUGCUCCUGCUAUGUCAGAUAGACUCUUCUAUCUCUAGUUACCAUGACAACAUCUCCACCGUCCUGCUGCUCCUGCUCUGUCAGAUAGACUCUUCUAUCUCUAGUUACCAUGACAACAUCUCCACCGUCCUGCUGCUCCUGCUCUGUCAGAUAGACUCUUCUAUCUCUAGUUACCAUGACAACAUCUCCACCGUCCCUGCUGCUCCUGCUAUGUCAGAUAGACUCUUCUAUCUCUAGUUACCAUGACAACAUCUCCACCGUCCUGCUGCUCCUGCUCUGUUAGAUAGACUCUUCUAUCUCUAGUUACCAUGACAACAUCUCCACCGUCCUGCUGCUCCUGCUAUGUCAGAUAGACUCUUCUAUCUCUAGUUACCAUGACAACAUCUCCCACCGUCCUGCUGCUCCUGCUAUGUCAGAUAGACUCUUCUACCUCUAGUUACCAUGACAACAUCUCCACCGUCCUGCUGCUCCUGCCAUGUCAGAUAGACUCUUCUAUCUCUAGUUACCAUGACAACAUCUCCACCGUCCUGCAGCUCCUGCUAUGUCAGAUAGACUCUUCUAUCUCUAGUUACCAUGACAACAUCUCCACCGUCCUGCUGCUCCUGCUAUGUCAGAUAGACUCUUCUAUCUCUAGUUACCAUGACAACAUCUCCACCGUCCUGCCGCUCCUGCUAUGUCAGAUAGACUCUUCUAUCUCUAGUAAUUCCAGGUAUUGUACCUCAAGACAAUUUUAAUCAGUUUAUGAGAACUGCUAUGUUUUUGACUUUGUUCUAUAGUGCUCUCAUUUCAAGUUAGUCACUACCAGAAUAGAACGUUAACCGAGGUAACCAGGGUAACGGGUAACCAGGGUAACCAGGGUAACGCUAACCAAAGAAUCUAAGUGUCUGAUUAAUAUAAUGUAAGAUAAAUCCUCCUCAAACCAGACUAAAACUUCAGAUGAGAACAUUGUAAAUAUUAGUUUCUGCUAAUAGACCCUCUACUUUGUGGUCUCUAGUAAAUGGUAAAGCUUGUUACUAGUACUAUACUAGUACUAUUUGUAAAGUAGUUGUAAGGCCCCUUAUUACGUGUGUUUAAUUUAGUGAGUUUAUUUUAAUUAUCAUUAAUAUUGCUGCACCCACUUUACCCACUUUACUUCCAUCACAUCACAAUGAAUGUUACGAUUAAAAGAUUUUUCAUCGGUGCCACUUUUUUCUCCACAUUUAUGUGGCUGCAAGUUUUUAUUGUAAUUAACCAGUAUUUUCUGGGCAUGAACAUUAUUUUGUUAAUUUUAUGACUAGGGGAAGUUGUAGCAGGACAGUACUACCCCACCCCAGAAAUUCGUUUUGUAAAAUGUCUGAAAAUGAGUUUCAUGAUAUCAG